AUGCUGUUGCGGUGGCAUAUCCUCUUCACUCUGGCGGUUGUCGCCCUCGCCGCCCCCGUCGAACGGCAGAACGGGAUGCACCUCCUCGGUCUCCUCGCCCUCGUCCUCAACCCCAUCAUGGCGCGCAAGUUUGCCCCCUCAUGCAUGCAGAGCUCGUCACCACUCGACGGCGCCAACGGCCGUUCCGAGGACUGCCUCCCCGCGGGCCCUGACCUCGCAGGGUUGGCCAACAACGGUAUUAGAGACCAGCAGGUGGCUCUCAACGCCAUCCUCGAGAAAUACCCGAACAAGCCCGAGCUCGGGGCGCCCUUUGGCAUGGGCUCCAACACGUUCCUCCUCUCCCCGCUGUUCAAGCAGGCUGCGCCGAUCGGCACCGACCUCAUGUUCGCCGCCCGCCGCCGCGACAUGCUCCGCAAGGUCAACCAGGCCGGGUGGACCAAGACUUGGACGUACCACUUCGUGGGCGUCAUUCUCGUCGGCCCAGGCUUCCUGGGCUCGGGCCACGCUUGCGAGAUCGCGUUCAUGUGCAUGUGGAGGCAAGUUGACAAGCUCACCAUGCUCGACCACGCCUAUUUCCCUCACAUCGUUGAGAACGCGCUCAAGCGCCUCGAUCACGCCACCCUCCUCUCCCUCCGCCUGGUGAGCCGGAGGGCCAAGGCGCUGGCAGAAUCGCAACUCUUCCAGCAUGUCGUCCUUGCCCCUUCACCCGAUGGGCGGGGAUACUCGAUCCGCUCGGUCGAGGGCGCUCUGCCUGUUAGGCCCUGGGCAUCUGCAUCUUCUUCUUCCGAAGGGGAAACUCGCCUCGUCACCCUGCUGGCCCAGGCCAAAGUGGUCGACAUACACACCUCUAUCCCCUGCAACACUGCCACCGCUCCCCUCCUAGACGUACUAGGAACCAUCCCAACCCGGCGGGCCGAGUAUCACAGCCUCGUCGGCCCGUCCCCACAGACAUAUGUGCAGGAGUACGCAGUGUACAUGGGCUCGCACUGGCGCGGUCGGACCUUUUACUUCGAACCGCCCCCUGACCUGGAGCGAUACGUCGUGAACCUGCGAUACCAUGUCGACCGCCGCCUGUGUGAGCUGUACGGGCCCGCACCGAGCUGUGAACGGAUCCUCGCAUCAGCGAGCCUAGCGAGCGUGACUAUACCUGCAAUUGAAAGUGCCGGUCAAAACGUCCAACCCGCACGCUCACCCUCCUACAUCCUCAUCUUCACGGGGCGUCACGAGCCAGCCAUCCCUUCCGUCCCAACACAGGGACUGGCCGCAUCCCAGCGCAGAACAGUCCAUACGCUGCUGUACGAGCUCGCUGCCGAGUUUGAGGGCGUCCGUCGUCUUCAAGGCGGGAGGUUGACUCUCGUUGGGGUCGAGGAGUUUAUCACGAGUCUCUGUGGACCAACUUCCACCGCCGAGGCCGCCCAGGUGUUUGAAAGGAAACUCGUGCUUGCUCGCAGGGAUAUGGACGGCCCGAGAGAGGACAUGGCUCCGCCAGUCCAGUUUCUCUCACAUGCCGAGUAUGAGGCAUUGGUUGGAGCGAGGGCGUACGAGGCCGAGACGCGGCCUCUGCAGCUGUACUAG